CAUUUUAACCAUGCCUAUAAUUACAUACAAGCGACUGCGCUUCGAAUGUUUGACAAGGCGUGUCCAUUACACGAAAAAUUAGUACAAAACGUUUUAUAUACUCUUUUAAGUAUGCGAGCAUAAUAAAAAAGGACACGAUACACAGAUAUACAUAUCGUUAAUUAAUCAUAUUUAUAAGAAACUUGAGCUACCUUGUUAGAAUCUCAAUAAAUUCGAGUCAAGAUGCAUUAUGGAAAGAAAUCUCCCAGCAUGGGAACACCAUCCGUGUACUCUCAUGUAACCACCACUCGCAGCAGUGCAAAUCUCAGAUCGUCGAGAUCCGCUCGCAGUAUAAAAAUUCCAUGGUAUCAAAAACCAAUAGUGACACAUGCCUUUGCACUCGACAUUCAAAGGGGCGCUAUGUUCACCGCUAUAUUUUCAUUGUGCCUAGCCUUUUUCACGAUAUGGACAGCUGUCUUUGAUAUCUACUGUCUCUCACAAGCGGCGCCUGGCUCCACACACUAUGGAUAUUAUAUCAUAUCAUAUGAAUUUGUUUAUGUGGGUAAUCAACAUGUUCGCAAUGCUCUGAUCGUGUUUGCAUUAUUUUCCAUGUUGGGUGGAAUAGUCGUCUUUGUGACUUCUUUAAUAUUGAUCAAAGCUCUGCGGAAAGAAUAUGAAAAGAAAAUGGUGCCAUGGCUGUAUAGCUUUGCCAUUUUUACUCUUUUCCGAUUCUUUGCUUUUAUAUUCUUCAGCAUUGUAAACGACAUGAUAUUCGCCUACAAUAUCUUGAUGUGUCUUCUAUGGAUAGCAUUUAUUUGCAUUUCUGCAUACGGUUGGCUUCUCGUAUAUUCUUUAUAUCUCGAAUUACACGAUCUAACAAGAUUAGAAGAUCUGGCUCAUCUACGGAUUGGUACAAUGCAGUCUCUAAAUGCAUCAACGACACAUUCCAUUGCUGGCUCUCGACCUACAACGCCUCAUAGCGCAGUAUCGACUAUGCCUGUUAAUUAAUAAUAUAUACACGAUACAUAUAUAGUUUUAUAGGCAGUAGAUAAAAAAGGUAUUUAUAUAUAUAUCUUUUUUAAGAUAAUUUUUUUAUAAAGAAGAGAAUUGUUGCUAUUUCUCUUCCCUUUUCAAAGAAAAGAGAUUCUACAUAGGUAUAUAUUUUCUAUCUUAAUACAAAUUUAUUCUGAUAAAAAACGUUACGUUUUGCAAUAUCUCUCUUUUCGGUAUAAAAUUAUUUUAAAAAAUGGUUUUUACAUAUAUCUUUUUUAUCAACUGAAUAUGAUUUGAUACAUAUAUAUAUUUUCCCGUCUAAUAUAUAUCGAAACAAAAUGAUAUCAAAGUAUUUCUUCUAAUUAAACGAAGUCACUGCCGACUGUAUAUACAGAUUCGUACGCACAAAGAACUUGUUUUAAAAAAAGUUAUAUAUAAUUCUUACAGCUAUACUGCUUUUUAAUAUUAUAAUUUUACAAAGAGCAAACUAAUCGAUAUGAUAUAUAAUACGAGUUAUAUAAGUUCUUAUUUGCUAUGACGUUUGCUAGUAGAUAUGUAUGUUUGCGAACUUGUUGCGACAUAGUUCCGACCACGUAUAAAAUGAAUUAGAUUUAAGCCUGUGUGUCGCAAGAAUUUUUCAUGGCGUGUAUUAACGUAUUCCGUCCACUAUACUAUUGUAUAGAACUUUCCUACGAUAUACUAUCGUACGUAUGCUUUCUUAUGAUAUCAAAAUGUUUGUUAUUGAAAUUAAUAUUAUAUUUACACAUUGGAAGAAUAUAAUUAUUAUGCAUUUAUUUUUGUGACUAAUUUUCAGAUGAACCAAAAAAAAGUUAUUAGAAGUAA